AUAACAGGCAUGGACCCCGGCAGACAGAAACGCAAGCAGGAGAUCAGGGACUCUCUGAAGUUUAUACAGUCUUCGCUGGCUUAUCCAGAGCCGGAGGGCUACCAGGACUAGGAACUUUCUCACAUAUUUUGCCUGUUCUCUUCGCGGUGACCGCAUUGCUCGCAUCUGUCCUGAUGCUAACAAUGCUCACAAUACUCACUCUGAAAUAUAAACUGGUUGCUGUAAUCAUUCCUCUUGUCCACAACUGCUGCAUUGUCCCCAGAGGAUGAAUCUUUCUGAUGCUUCCUCUAGAGCCACCAUAAAUUCAUAUUCUUGUUUUUAAGUCUGUUUAAAUGUCUAUCUAAUUAAUGGAUUGCCACACCUUUUGUGACCUGGUGUAUGUUUAAACAAUUUCCAAACCAAUCACAUUCCAAUCGGGGAUCGAUUCAGGCCCAAAGUGAGCGGGACGAAUGUUUAAAUACAUACAGUUUUUAUUGGAAUAUACUCUAUUCUGGAUAGGGCCCAAUGUUUUUGGGGCACACCACACAUCUUUUGACCCCCUCCCCAGGACUUCCUUACCCGGUUAGUCUGCAACCUGCUGGAUGAGGGCAACAUUUCGUUCAGAGACAGUGACUGGGAUCAAGCGCUGAGAGACUUCAGUGAAGGCUUGAAUGUCUCCAGCUACGCUGCGGCGGAGGAGAUCCAGAUCCCCGACGCUUUGCUGGAGAGCCUGUACGUCAACCGGGCAGCCGCCUUCCACAGCGUGGGGGAAUACGAGCGAGGCGUGAUGGACUGCGACAUGGCUCUGAAAGUGUGUAAGGAGAGCCGCAGGGCGCUGUACAGGAAGGCGCUUUGCUUGAAGGAGCUCGGGAAGUACAAGGAGGCCUACAACUGCACCACCAGCUGCAUGCUCGAUACCCGCCUGGACAAACGGGUCAAUGAGCUUGCACUAGAGCUGGCCGUCCACCUGGGACUGAAAAAUCGGAAGCCAUAUGUCUGCAUAAAGGAAGGAGUACUUUUCAGGACAGAUGUUGCUAAUGGAAACAUGACUUCUGAAGCUAUCAAAGUGCCUGGUGCUCAUGUAGGAAAUGGCAGGAAUCCUCUGAGUGGCGUUGCACCAGUUAGUUUUCCCAGCAUGCCUCAGUGCUCCAUUCCCUCCCCAGCUCCCUGUUCCCACCAACCCAAUGUGUCUUCCACACCCGCCACGGUGGACAGUUUGCAGGACUCCGAGCUGAUGGGAGAUGAUUUGGACAGCCUGCUCGACGGCUUCCCCAACGGGGCCGAGCCAACUGAGGUAGCGCUCUCAGUCCCUCACAAGACUUCCACCUGCGAGUGCGCAGUCUCCUCUGUGCUGCCCGCCCCGACACCCCAGCUACCCCCGGCCUUCUUCAGCUCAGCCGUGAGCCAACUCAACUCGCUGGACUUCUUUUCAAGUGGUGCGCGCGGCGCUACGACUGGAACCCUGGACGCGCUGGACGACCUCUUGACUUCUGGCCCGGGAGGUGGCGCAUGUGCUACAAACAAAGCGCUGAACACUGAGGCUCUGGAUGGACUCGAUUCCCUGGAUGACUUCUUGGAUACGAUUCCAGGCCCGGCUGGAAGUGUGGCCGAACCAGAACUUGGUAACGUUGAAAAGUCCCUUGAUGAUUUGCUGGAUGAACUCAACCCUCUGGAGGACGACUGUAGUCCGGGCGGUCAGAGUGAAGCCCACAAAACUGGUGCGAAAGCCUUGAACGCGCUUGACUCCCUUGAUGCCCUGGACCCGUUUCCCUCAGUAGAAGGUGUUGGGGAAGCUUUGCCAGUGUUCUCCUUGGGGGGAACAGGCCUCGACUCGCUCUCUGAUUUCAGCUCAACUGCUACCACAGACUCUCUGACUGCUGCAGCUCAAGUAAUGCGAUCUCCAAACAAUAACUACAAGGAGAAGAGCAACGCAGCGCUGGUUGCGACCUCUCACCCGCUGGCCUCCACUCAUGAGUUCCUGCAGGCCUGCUCGGCCUGUUUCCCUCGGCUUGGUCAAGGCAUAUACACAUUUGUUCACAAGCCAAACCUGGUGCACAGCUGUAGGAGGGACAUUCUGUUAUGUAGGCUCCUGAAGGGUUAUCCUUCGGAUUGGACCAGAGUUCGACCGAUUCCUAACUGGAGCUCCUUCACUGGGCCGUUUGUACUUUGCAGAGAACUGAUAAAUUCUGGGGAUUUGGGCCUGUGCAAGUAUGGAGAAAAUUGCACGUUUGCCUACAACCAGCUGGAGAUUGACGUUUGGACGGAGGAGCGGAAGGGAAGGCUGGACAGAAACCUGCUGUUUGACACAUCAGGUUUAAAACUGGACCCUGUAAACAGCGUAAUUCACCUUCUGCAUGAAGACAGGGGCAUGUUCAUGUUCCUCUGUCAGGAAUGCUAUGACAGUAAACCUAGAAUCAUCAGUAAGCGCUGUAGAGACGAUCACACCAUCUGCUCUAACCUGAAUGCUCGCCACACCUUCGAUGCAAAUAGGUGCCUGGCGUUUGUAGUGCAGACCCAAAGCGUGAACUACAAAAAGGUGCGAUCGCUGAGUGUCCUGUGCCACUUGGAUUUGUGCCGCCAAGCCAUCCGGUACGGCUGCAAGAGAGAGGACGAUUGCUAUUAUGCUCACUCCGUCAUAGAGCUCAAAACCUGGAGGGUGCAGCGCAACACAGGUAUCAGCCCUGAUGAGAUUGUGAAAAUAUCGACAAAAUAUAACGAGAAGCAGGCGCAAAACUCAAGCAAACACAAAGGAAAUAGACUGUCUGCUAGGGGUGAUUGCAGCAAACCAAGGGAAGGAGCAGCUGGGAAGAGUCUCAACAUGAAGAUGAAGUUUGCCUGUGCUCAGUGCCUGCGGGACGGCCUGAUCAGUGAACCAAACAAAGCCCUGAAGCACUGCACUGCAAAGGCCAGGCACACGUGGACUAAAGAGCGAUGGGUAUUGCUGGUCAAGUCCUUGGAGAGAAGUAAAUGGGUUCAGGUCCGACCGCUGCCACAUGCCAAGAACUUCCCUGUGCAGUAUGAUAUAUGCACCCAGAUGUUAAAGAAAAAGAAAUGUAACUACUCGGGGAACUGCACCUUUGCUCAUAGCCAAGAGGAGAAGGAGAUGUGGAUGUAUAUGAAGAAUAACAACUUGUUCGAAAUGCAGCAGAUGUAUGACAUGUGGCUGUCAUUAACCGCCCAAAUCCGUCAAGCGGAUGGAGCCAUCCCCACCCAGCCCGUCCAAGAAGAUAAAUAUAUUGCCAUGCCGACGGACUUUGCCGAGCCAAUGAAUGGCUUUCACUGUCGUCUGUGCGGUAGGCACAGUAACAGUGAGCGGCAGUGGCAGCAGCACAUCUCCACUGAGAAGCACAAGGACCGGGUGUUCAGCUGUGAGGGCGAGGACGAGGCCCUGACGUGGAGCUACCGGUUCCCUGGACCGUGCCUUGAUCUCUGCCUGAAGUUUGAUGCCGGAUGCCCUGACGGUGUGAGCUGUGACUACGCCCACAGCUUAGAGGAGCUGCAGGAGUGGACAGAGAGACGAGAUUUCCUGAGACAGAAGCUGGCCAAAGCCAGGGAAGACAUGCUCAUCAUGCCUGAUGAGUUUGACUUUGGAAAGUUCAACUUUCUACUUCGGGAUUGAGAAUUUUUUACUUCAGUCGUUACGUCAGCCAUUAACUGCCAAACUACCUUUUCAGUUAACUAAGAGCAAAAUAAAGGCUAAUCAAACUAGCAGUGUGCCUUCCAAAUGAUGACUAGAUAUAAUUCGAAGCACAUUCGAAGAAGCACAGGCCAUUUACGCUGUUUUAAUUUCCUGUUACUGUAGGGAAAGCUUUCGCUCAUCAAAUGUACAGCAGAUUACAAAGACCCACCGCUAUUUUUUUUUUCUUCACUUUGUGUUGUUUUAAUAGGGACUUUAAUUAGCAUGUCUUUAAUUUCAAUGUUCCUUUUGAAAAGAUUUAAGGCCUGACAAGUCAUCUAUAUGUAUAUUUUAAUUUUAAUUCCCUAUAGCUGUUCGGAACAUUUUAAGAGCCACUUUUUGCUUAUCUCUAUUCAACUAAAACCUCAGGUCAAAAUGUACAGCAGAUACAAAGACACACCACCCAUCACUGAAUAUGCAUUAUGAAGGCCAUUUCAAUGUUGUUCAAUAGUUUUGUUCUCUACCCUUCUGUUGCGUAGUAUAUCUUUUGAGAGGAUGUGAAAGGCCUCGAUUAAGCAUUACUCGCCACAAAAUAAUAUUUAAUAAUAAAUGGUUC